AACAAGAACAGAAGAUGCCUGGGUUUUUGCAAAGCCCAAUGCAAUUCAAGCAGUUGGUGUUAUGUCAUUUGCAUUCAUUUGCCACCAUAACAGCUUCUUAAUUUAUGGCUCCCUGGAGGAACCCACAGUGGUUAAAUGGUCUCGAGUCAUUCACAUAUCAGUCGUGAUUUCUAUAUUUAUCAGUGUCCUAUUUGCUACCUCUGGUUAUCUGACAUUUACUGGCCAUACACAAGGAGAUUUGUUUGAAAAUUAUUGCAGAAAUGAUGGCCUAGUUAACUUUGGAAGAUUUUGUUAUGGGAUCACUGUCAUUUUGACUUAUCCAAUUGAAUGUUUUGUGACCAGAGAG